AUGGCGACCUCACCUCCAUAUCACAGCUACUCGCCGUCUGCCGGCUCUCCGCCAUACCCAUCCCACAGUCAACUACCGACUCUCAACACCCUCAACGUUAACAAGAAGCGCACUGCCGCUGGAGAUGCCGCGUCUCCUGCCCUAAAGCGACGUAAAGGAUCUGUUCUGUCCGUCGCGUCGUCCACACUUUCUGCACACCCCCUCCGACAAACUUCCUUCCCGCCCGACGAGUCGCCGUUUGGUGCCCGCAGCCCCUCUGUUGAUAUGGAUAGCGUCAGCAUGAUCAGCGGCAGUGCCGUCUCCGCCGCCCCCGUUAAGAAGAAGCGCGGCCGCAAGUCGAAAGCGGAGAAGGCGCGGGAGCAGACUCCCUCCGUAGUCGGCGGCCGGGCGAUGACCGCUGUGAGCGGCGUCAGCGGAGGUGGGGAGAAGGGCGCAGCUGCCGACGCUGCGGCAGAUGACGACGAUGAUGUGAAUGUCACCAUGGGCGUCGCUAAUGCCGUACGCACCGCGGAGGAAAAGGUUGAGGAGAAAGAGCGGCUUCGCGUUCUCACCAGUCAGAUGGAUCAAGACCAGCUCGAGCGCUACGAAAUGUUUCGUGCCUCGAGAGUGUCAGAUGCUGUCAUCAAGAGAGUGGGUAGAUUUCACCCAUUAUGUCUCAAGCCUGCUAAGCUAACACCAAGUCUCCAGGUCGUCAACGCUGCCGUGUCCCAGUCUGUUCCCGCUAAUGUGACUGCGGCGGUAAAGAGCGUGGCGAAAGUGUUCAUAGGGGACCUAAUCGAGAGCGCCCGGCGAAUCCAGUGCGAGUGGAUCACCAAUACCGACGAGAAGCAGAGCGAGGUGCCUUUCCCCGACUGGCCCUACGACGAGGACGAACACUACAUUGACCCCGAACCGGGUAAGGAUAAGAUGCACCCGUUCGUCAAGCGUAAGGAACCGCCUCGUGGACCUCUGCGGCCAGACCAUGUUCGAGAAGCAUGGAGACGAUACAAGCAGAGUGUGGAAGGUGGAGCUGUUGGUACCCUGGGCUUGUGGCAUGUUCAGCAGCAUAGUGGAGUGGACCGGUUCGGUGCCAGGACCGGCGGGAAGCGGCUGUUCAAGUGA